GAGAGAGAGAGAGAAAGAGAGAGAGAGAGAGAGAGAAUAGCUGAUAUGUUACGUUCAUGUUUUAUGUUCCUCUCCAGUUGCAAGUUUUUAAGUACGAAUGAUAUGUAUCUAUUUUUUUUUCAGGGAUUUAUGAAUAUCCUGCUUGCUUUUGUCUGCCUUAGUAACGCUGCUCCCUGCGUACAGACCAUAGUGAAUGCUGUGGGGGCGGCCGGGGCAGUUUUCAAAAUCAUAGACCAGAAACCCAUCAUUGACAGUGCUUCGGACGCUGGCUUGAAACUAUCUUCAAUCUCUGGACAUAUUCGUUUUAGGAAUGUACAUUUUCAUUAUCCAUCCAGACCCGAGACGAAGAUAUUGCAAGGAAUCAACGUAGAGGCAACUCCAGGCCAGACGAUUGCCCUUGUAGGAGCCAGCGGCUGCGGGAAAAGCACAUUGGUGCAGUUGUUGUUGAGGUUCUACGAUCCUCAACAAGGUCAAAUUCUGAUCGACAACAAGGAGAUCAGGUCUCUGAACGUCACAUGGCUGAGACAGCAUAUAGGGGUUGUUAGUCAGGAGCCAGUCUUGUUUAACAGGACUAUCGCAGAGAACAUACGCUAUGGACGAGACGGCGUCAGCAUGGAAGAAAUAGAGCUCGCUUGCAAGAAGGCUAAUGCUUACGACUUCAUUAUGAAACUUCCCAACACCUAUGAGACGUUGGUGGGUCAACGUGGGACUCAACUUAGUGGAGGCCAAAAACAGAGAAUCGCCAUUGCUCGCGCUCUCGUAAGGGAUCCCAAGAUAUUACUUCUGGACGAGGCAACAUCGGCUUUGGACAAUGCCAGCGAAAGCAUCGUUCAAGACGCACUGGAUAAGGCACGAAAAGGUCGGACGACAAUCGUCAUUGCCCACCGCUUGUCAACCAUACGAACAGCAGAUAUCAUAGUUGGGAUACAUGAGGGUAAAGAUGUGGAGAAAGGAACCCACGCCCAGCUCAUGGAGAGCAAGGGUAUCUACUACCAACUGUACACAAACCAGACGUCUGCAGAAAUAGACAAAGACAUAUUGAGCUCUGACGACGAGCACCACACCACGUCUAGACGUCUAAACGAACACGAUUCUAAACGGACAUCUCGAGUGAAGGAUACAUCAAGCAGAGGCGAUGUGAAGAUUGACGAAGAGGAGGAAGAGGAGGAUGAUGACGGUCCGGCUAACGCCCCAGUAUCCAGAUUAUUGAAGAUGAAUAUGAAGGAAUGGCCUUUUCUUCUCCUUGGAUGCAUCGCAUCAUUCGUCAUAGGAUGUUCUCAGCCAGCUUUUGCAAUCAUCUUCGGAGAGGCUUCAAUGAUUUACAGCGAACCCAUAGAUGAUCAAGAACAUGAGUCGAAGAAGUAUUCUUUGGCGUUUGUACUCGUUGGGUGCACAAGUCUUGUGUCAUAUUUCAUACAGGGCUACGCAAUGGCAGUGUCUGGGGAGGCACUCACGCGCCGCAUACGAAGUAAGAUGUUUAGAACAAUGCUCAGACAGGACAUGACGUGGUUUGAUCACCCCAAGAAUAACACCGGUGCCCUAACCUCUCGACUUGCUAUUGAUGCCGCGCGUAUUCAAGGGGUUACGGGUACGCAAAUGGGCUUUUUGCUGAUGGCUGUCUCAAGUCUUAGCAUCGGCGUGGUGGCUGCUAUCCUAUACAGCUGGCGUCUAACUUUAGCCACUCUGCUCAUCCUCCCAGCGCUUAUGGGCGCUGGCUUUGUGAAUAUGAAGAGGGUAGCAGGUGCCUCUUUGGAAAUCAAGGAGGCUUUGCUAGAUGCAGGAAAGGCUGCAGUAGAAGCAACAGAGAAUGUUCGCACAGUUGUUGCCCUCUCAAGGGAAAGUACUUUUAUCGACAUUGUGUCAGACAAGUUGUCAGUGGUGAAAGAGUCUUCCGUGAACGGCGCUUUUAAUGUUGGCUUCAUGAUGGGAGUUUCACAGGCCGCCAACUUCAUGUUCCCUGCAGUGAUCUUCGGCUACGGCGCCUAUCUCGUGGAGGAAGGUGUUAUCGACACUGAUGACAUCAUGAUGGUGUUUUCGAUACUGUUCUUCUGUGGCACACUCCUCGGUUCUGCUUCUGCACUGAUGCCGGACAUGGGCAAAGCAAAAGCUGCGGCAAAGAGAGUCAUUUCCCUGCUUGAUCAAGUCCCAGAAAUUGAUUCAUUGUCCUCAUCAAGAGAGCAUCAAGAUUCGGAAACGCUUCGAGGCAGUAUCAACUUCACAAAUGUCAGCUUCUCGUAUGCUCUGCGGUCCGAGGUGGAAGUGUUCAAAAGCUUGUCGCUUACUGUUGAGGCAGGCCAGACGGUUGCUCUGGUGGGCAGUAGCGGCUGUGGAAAGAGCACCGUAAUCAGCUUGCUCGAGCGUUUCUACAACCCAAAGGGCGGCUCUAUAGUUUUAGAUCGGCAUAGCAUACAAGAUGUGAACAAACAUUGGCUACGGAGCCAAAUGGGACUGGUGAGCCAAGAGCCCGUGCUGUUUGACUGUAGCAUCGCAGAGAAUAUUGCUUACGGAGACAACACACGGACAGUUACCUCAGACGAGAUUAUCAAAGUAGCCCGAAUGGCCAAUAUCCACGAAUUCAUAACAGCUCUACCUCAGGGCUAUGAGACAAAAGUAGGGGAGAAGGGAACACAACUGAGCGGAGGUCAAAAACAACGGAUUGCAAUAGCCCGUGCGUUGGUGAGGAACCCCAAGAUUUUGCUGUUGGAUGAGGCAACAUCUGCCUUAGACACUGAAAGUGAGAAGAUAGUGCAAGAGGCGCUGAUCAACGCACGUGAGGGACGCACAUGCAUCACUAUUGCCCAUCGCCUGUCCACCAUCCAGGAUGCUGAUAUUAUCUUUGUUAUUGACAAGGGGGUUGUUGUAGAGAAAGGCAACCACGAAGAGCUCAUGAGUUGCAAAGGGCUGUAUUAUAAACUCCACAAAGCAUCAUGCAACUGAUUCCAACUCCCACCAUUUCACCGCUCUCCCAAGUCCUGCACAGUGACUAAGCAUACAGUCAAAAGAGUCGAGUACCUCUCAACUGAAUUGAAUUACUGAAACUUGACCACCCCUACAAAAAAAGAAAAUGGAGAAAAGUGAUGUAAUCAAGAGUAAUCCUCUUUGUCAGUAGGCUAACCUUUCAAACAAGACAAAUGUAUACUUACUACAUGUUUAUGCACAUUAUAUAUAAUUUACACAUUAAGUUCUUUAAAUUAAGAGCGCACCCAUAGAUCAUUUGGUAUUAUGCUGAGCUAUGGUACAGAUCAACCUUAUUUAACUCCACAACAGAAAGUUCUAGAUCUUGAGUUGUUUCGGCAUUUAUCAAGUUUCUCCACCAGCUUCCCACUAUACUGUACUACACAUGUAUUGAAAACAGAUUUGUCUCUCGGAAUGUAACAUCUGUUACAUUCCGAGAGACAAAUCUGUUCAGUGCCCCCACUCCUGAAUAUGGUAGCCUGUGUCCAGGCAGUGUUAUUGUUAUCCCUACAACCCAUUGUGCCAGCCAGCUCAGACUAAUGUACAGUUGCAAACUUUUCUAAGCAAAAAAACAGACUCUACCCACAUGGAAGGUCAGUAUGGUGGGCACUGGUAAAGAACAUUCCCCCCCCCCCUCCUCCAAACAAUUGACAUACACUUUUCUGCAUUCAAUAAUUUCAAGUUUUUCAGAGUAGACCUGCAGCAAAAAAUCUCUCCAAUUGACUACGGGGUUCAUUCUUAUAAUCAGUCGCAAAUCCAGUCUUCAAAGUUCUUUUUAUAAGUUUUAAGUCAAAAUUUUUCUGUAGCUUUGGCAAGUCUUGAGAGGACAAAAAAUAGAAACCAGAGAAUAAAUAUUUUCCAACUUGAAAACAGACGUCCACACUCAGACCCUUCAAAAAAAAGUACAAAUGUAUUAAAGAUUUUUUUUAAAGUUCUGGUAGACAGCAAUACUAAUGGGUUGUUUUUUUCCCCACCAUACUUUUUUAAAUAUGUCAAACCAAUUCGAUGAUGACGCAUUUGCCAGUGUGCACUCUUUUGGAAAACUUCCAUGAUUUCAAGUACCGUACCACGAUAGCAUUUAAUCUCAUAGGAUGAUUACAUCAAGAGGAUGGACAUUUUUAAAAAUAUGAUGGCAAAACAAAGGAAAAGUGCAGUUGAACAUACCACAUCUACUGGCAAAGAAGGGUACCAACACCACUCAAAGUCCAGAUACUCAGGGCACUAAUCUGGUCAGUAGUCAUGUAUGAUUUUGAAAUAUGAACAUUGAGUAAAUCAAAUGAAGAGAAAAUUCAAACUGCUGAGGUGUGGUUUGACAGUCAAAACAGAUAGAAGAUAUUCUGAAAAAAAAUUGCACACCUAACCUAAACUAUGCUGCUUCAAGAGGCAAUAAAGAGAAAAUGUGAAAAAUGUUUCACUCUUUAUGGAAAAAAAGAACACACAGACAGAAAAAAAGUUCUAGAAGUAGUAGAAGUAGAAGAGAAAGUGAAAGGUAGAGGGAAGCCAGACAGACUAUCCAAAUUUCAUAAAGACAACAAUCAUGAAAUUAUGAAGGCUGAUGCUCUUUGAGGUGGUGUGAGAGGAUGUCAAGACUAAGACUCUUGGUAAAGACUCCUACAAAUUUGUACUGCUGCUGCCAACAUUGAAAACAAUGAUGAAUGAUAUUGACAAGUGACACUUAUUUCCCUUUCUUCCUUUCCCACAAAAUUGACAAGGUGCAUUCAUUCCUAUUCCUCCUUUUGUGAUAAACUAACAAGACAUCUUAUUGAUUUCUUUCAAA